GAGUCCGUUGCCGAAGAGAAGAACGAAUUACUUCAAGAAUUAAGCGAAGGGGACCUAUACACGAAACUUAAAAAACUCCAACGACACCUUGAAUUUCUUGAAUUGCAGGAAGAAUAUAUAAAGGACGAGCAAAAAAACUUGAAACGUGAAUUGAUCAGGGCUCAAGAGGAAGUCAAACGAAUUCAGUCUGUACCUUUGGUAAUCGGACAAUUUUUGGAACCUAUUGAUCAGCACACUGGAAUUGUGGGAUCUACUACCGGAUCAAAUUAUGUGGUUCGAAUUCUAAGCACCAUUGACCGAGAAUUACUUAAGCCAUCAUCCUCCGUUGCACUUCAUCGUCAUUCCAACUCAUUAGUUGAUGUAUUACCUCCCGAAGCAGAUAGUAGCAUCGCUAUGCUUGGAACAGACGAAAAGCCAGAUGUAACAUACGCAGAUGUGGGGGGACUAGAUAUUCAAAAACAAGAAAUUCGAGAAGCAGUAGAAUUACCGUUAACACAUUUCGAUUUAUACAAACAAAUUGGAAUUGAUCCUCCACGUGGUGUCUUGCUGUAUGGACCUCCGGGAACUGGCAAAACAAUGCUUGUUAAAGCAGUUGCACAUCACACAACCGCGUCUUUCAUCCGCGUAGUAGGAUCAGAAUUUGUUCAAAAAUACUUAGGAGAGGGACCACGUAUGGUGAGAGACGUGUUUCGAUUGGCUCGUGAAAAUUCACCGGCUAUCAUCUUUAUCGAUGAGAUAGAUGCAAUUGCCACGAAGAGAUUUGAUGCACAAACAGGAGCGGAUCGUGAAGUACAGAGAAUUUUAUUGGAAUUAUUGAAUCAAAUGGAUGGGUUCGAUCAAACAUCAAACGUGAAGGUUAUCAUGGCUACAAAUCGAGCAGAUACUUUGGAUCCAGCAUUGCUUAGACCUGGUCGUCUUGAUCGAAAAAUAGAAUUUCCCACCCCAGAUCGUCGUCAGAAACGCUUAAUUUUCUCUACCAUUACCUCUAGCAUGAAUCUUUCAGAGGAAGUUGAUCUUGAAGAUU